AUGGCGCCGAAGCCGCAGCGCGCUCCGCGCAUGAGCGAGGCUCUGAGGGCAGGAAAGCGGCGGGAAAGCGCCAUGGCGGAGAUUGGAGCGGGAGCCGGCGGCUCCCCCGGCCCGGCCGCUGCUCCGUCCCCGCGGGGCUCGGCCGGGCCGCAGCAGAACGAGCCACAGCCCGGCGGAGCCUGCCCUGAGAGAGGAGGGGCGGCGCCAGCUCCCGGCUCUGAGGAGAUUUUUCAGCCUCCCAACUCAAAACAAACCCCGAGCUCAUCCAGCAGGAAGAAAAAAACCCCGAGUUCAUCCAGCAAGAAGAAAAAAACCCCGAGUUCAUCCAGCAAGAAGAAAAAACCCCCGAGCAGCAGCGAGAAGGAGCCUCCGGCCAAUUCCUUCAGUUUGUCCCCGAUUGUCGCCACCCCCGGGGGCCGCCGCCGCUCCUGGCGCCGCUGCAGCCUCAAGGGGAGGCGAUCCCGCCGCAAAUCGCUGCCCCCCGUGCACCAGGACGUGGCUGAAUUGAGCAAAUCCAUCAGCCUGGAACUCCCUGAAAUCCAACGGCUCUCCCUCCUCCUCCUCUCCAGUUUCCAGUUUUCAGCCCAGAAGUUGAAGCAGGUCCUGGAGGAAUCUGAAGGAUUCGACCCUGAGGCUUUUGCUGCCAAAGUCCAGGUGAGCUCUGAGGAAUUCCAGAGGUUGCUCCAGAGGCUGCUCCAGGAUGGGACCCUUGGGAAUUGCCUGGAGCAACCCCCAGGGGAUUGCCUGGAUCCGGCCCUGGAGGAAUCUGUGGCUCAGGUGAAGCUGCUCAUGGCCAGUUUCUCUGGGGAGCUCCAGGCCUGGGAUCAGCUCCUGCAGCAGCACCUGCAGCACUCCCAGGAGGCCUCCAGGACCCUGGAGCAGCUCCGGGCUGGGCUCCCCCCCCUGGGCCCCUCCCCGAUCCCCAAAUCCCAAAUUGUGGGAUUCCAAACCCGACUACGGAGAGAUCCUGGCCCAGCAGGGGCAGGUGCUGCAGUCCCUGAGGCUGCUGGUGGACGGGGCCCGUCAGGCCGGGGCGCUGGCGCUGGAGCUGCACCGGGAGAGCCGGAUUUCCUCAGGGAGCUCUCGGGGCACAUGGCCUCCAGAACGUUCCGGAAGCUGCCGAGUUCCCCCGCGCGGCGCCUGCUGGAGAGGAAACGGCGCCGGGAGCCGGAGCCCGGGCGGGGAAUAAAAACCCAAAUUCCAAACACCCACACCUGGGAGAUUGGUUGA